UUCCUCACUUCACGACCUUUGUUUACCUCAUGUAUGAAACGUAGUAUCUAUACGCAUUUUUAUUUAGCUAUCCCCAUUAAUAAAGAUCUACACUCUAAGGACAGGGUAUCGUAAUUUACGAACGGCUUUCUCUCAAACUGUAUCCUGGUUAAAGACGAAACUUGUAACACGUUCCGGGUGUAAUUCUGUUCGUUCUGACAUUUGUUAAUCCAAAUAAAUAUUAAUGGUGAAAGAAACAUAACCUUCCAUUCAUAGUUUAGUUCAACUAUAUUAUAUUGAGUGAAAAUAUACUUUGUGGAGUGAAAUCGUCAUUGGGUGUAAAAGCUUUGUCCGACAGCCGAAGCUGAGCGGCACCACGUUCCGUCACAGCAAACUGCGUUACUCAAACCACUUUCCUGCCCGAGGGUCGCCGCUAAGGGCUCGCGAGCAGUCCGUCAAGGCAGCGUCAUUGAGUCGUAUAGAAAGCGGACAACGGGCGGGCGCGAUCAGCGACUGCGGCGGUGGUGCGCCCGCCGGCGGCGUCCGCCCGACCUACGGCUAUGAAGCUCUCUCGGCCGCCAGUGACGGAAGUGACCCAGAACCUGAGGAGGCGCCAGAGUACGCUCCCUUUGAAAUGGAACUGUCGGGUGGUGGAGAGUCUGCUGAAGGGCCAUCGUCGCGUGGCUCUGCCAAGGUCAACUUCCCACCCGACGUCGAAUUGGACCGUCGACCUACUGGAACGUUUGGGGGUGUUGCGGUUGCCGCUUUCCAUCGUGGCCGUGGUCGGUCCAUGAGCGCCUGGAGCGACAUAAGCCGCUCCAGUUUUAGGUUCGAGGAACGAGUCCGUGUGGAGUAUUAUGUGAACGAGAACACUUUCAAAGAAAGACUGCAAUUGUAUUUUAUAAAGAACCAACGUUCGAGUUUACGCAUUAGGAUAGUUAAUCUAUUUUUCAAGCUUCUAGCCUGUGUUCUUUAUAUAUUUCGUGUGUGCGCCGAUGGAGAUCCCAUUUCUGCCACCUGUUACGGAUGUAAACCAGGCAAUAAGACCGAGUUUGAAUAUUCAGCGAAUCUUACUGAGGAGGAAUUCCAAGAGCAUCCGAUUAUAAACUGGGAUGGGAUAGUAUGGGUGAACAGACCACUAUACCUUUGGGGAGUGCAAGCAGUGCUAGCAAUGAUUUCAUUAUCCGAAGCCAUAUUGCUUGUGUAUCUCGGGUACAAGGGCAACAUCUGGCAACAGGUCUUGUCAUUCCAUUUCAUACUGGAGAUGGUGAACACAGUGCCAUUCGCGCUCACUGUACCGUUUCCGCCACUUCGAAAUCUUUUUAUACCGGUAUUCUUAAACUGUUGGCUCGCGAAGAGAUCACUUGAAAAUAUGUUUAAUGAUUUACACCGCGCAAUGCAAAAGUCACAAUCAGCUCUAUCGCAACAAUUAAUGAUUCUUUGCGUCACUCUAUUGUGUCUUGUCUUUACAAGUGUAUGCGGUAUCCAACAUUUUCAACGUGCCGGUCAUCGUCACUUGAAUUUGUUUCAAGCUACCUACUUCGUUGUCGUCACCUUCUCUACUGUGGGGUACGGGGAUUUUGUCCCCGAUAUUUGGCCUUCGCAACUCUUCAUGGUUAUAAUGAUAGGAGUUGCACUGGUGGUUUUACCUACACAGUUUGAACAACUGGCGUUUACGUGGAUGGAGAGACAGAAACUGGGUGGAUCCUACUCGUCUCACCGCGCCCAAUCGGAGAAGCAUGUAGUAGUUUGUUCAACUACCCUCCAUGCUGAUACUAUUAUGGAUUUUUUAAACGAGUUCUAUGCCCACCCACUAUUGCAAGAUUAUUACGUGGUUUUGCUAUCACCUAUGGAGCUUGAUACUACCAUGAGAAUGAUUUUGCAGGUACCCAUUUGGGCACAACGUGUGAUAUAUAUCCAAGGUUCAUGCCUAAAAGACACGGAUUUGAUCCGUGCUCGGAUGAAUGAAGCUGAGGCGUGCUUCAUCCUCGCUGCGAGGAAUUAUGCAGAUAAAACUGCCGCUGACGAGCAUACUAUCCUAAGGUCAUGGGCUGUCAAAGAUUUCGCGCCGGUUGUGCCGCAGUACGUUCAAAUUUUCCGUCCGGAGAAUAAGCUACACGUGAAGUUUGCGGAGUUCGUCGUAUGUGAAGAUGAGUUCAAGUAUGCUCUGCUCGCGAACAAUUGCACGUGCCCUGGAGCCUCGACCCUUGUCACUCUUCUGCUGCAUACAAGUCGUGGCCAAGAAGGUCAACAAUCGCCAGAAGAAUGGCAUCGCCUCUAUGGAAAGUGUUCCGGCAAUGAAAUUUACCACAUCGUCCUUGGGGACAGUCGCUUUUUUGGCGAGUACGAAGGGAAAAGUUUCACUUACGCCAGUUUUCAUUCACAUCGAAAGUACGGCGUAGCUCUUAUUGGAGUCCGCCCGGCAGAACUUCCCGAAUUUUACGAAGAGACUAUUCUCUUAAAUCCCGGACCACGUCACAUCAUGAAAAGCAGCGACACAUGCUAUUACAUGAGCAUCACGAAAGAAGAGAACUCCGCAUUCGUAGUGUCCGAUAAACAGACGGAGAGCAAAGCAAAUGCCAUACCGAAAGAUCAAACUGCAUGUAGCCUUCUAUCUAACGAGAAGAAAACUGGGGACAUGGAAGAAGGCACUGGACACCAGAAGAAACCAGACGGUAUUAAUGUGGCUCACUACGACCUUCCACAAGUGAUUCUGCAGGCUCCCGCGUGUACCACACCAAAAGCAUCGCCAUCACGCAUCAACUCAGCUAAAACUGUAUCAUCCGCUAAUUUAACUGUUACUGGCUCCAAACUUGAAGGAGCAUCAACUUCAGGUUCCGAAUCUCGGAGCUGUUUAAAGGAUUCACCAGCUACUGAUAGUGCCACGGACAGUCAUCUUUUGCUCCCACGCCCUGAUAACUCUAACUUCUUAAGUCCUGACUUCUUAAGUUGCAGGCGAGGUAGCAGACGUCCAUCUAUUCUCCCCGUGCCGGACAUGGUGACAAGCAACUUGAACAUCGCCUCCGACAAUCAGGACGAAGAAGUGGAGGCAGACGAAAGUGAAGACGAGCUUGAUGACGACGUGCCUUGGCGUUCUCCGUCUGAGAAGAUCGCUGACGACGCCACUACCAGCUCGCUGUCUUCGCUGGCUGCCAGUGACACACGCUCCGCUUGGCGCAAUGACUUCAGUAGGAUCGUAAAAGGUUUUCCACCUGUGUCACCGUUUAUAGGCGUAAGUCCUACUCUAUGUUAUUUGCUGAAAGAAAAGAAGCCCCUCUGCUGUCUUCAAUUGGCCCAAGUAUGUGAACAUUGCUCCUACCGGAACGCCAAGGAGUACCAGUGGCAAAACAAGACGAUAAUUUUGGCUGCUGACUACGCAUCGAAUGGGAUUUACAAUUUUAUCAUUCCUCUACGCGCCCAUUUCAGAUCAAAGACAUCUUUAAAUCCGAUUAUCCUUUUACUAGAAAGAAGACCAGACAUAGCUUUCUUGGAUUCCAUCUCAUAUUUUCCACUGGUUUAUUGGAUGAAAGGCUCUAUUGAUUGCUUAGAUGACCUUUUACGUGCCGGAAUAACAUUAGCUGAGAAUGUGGUCGUAGUCAAUAAGGAAUUAUCCAAUUCCGCCGAAGAAGACAGUCUCUCGGAUUGCAAUACCAUUGUGGCUGUUCAAACAAUGUUCAAAUUUUUUCCAUCUAUUAAAUCUAUUACGGAAUUAUCGCAGUCAUCAAAUAUGCGUUUCAUGCAAUUCAGAGCUCAUGAUAAGUAUGCAUUACAUCUCUCUAAAAUGGAAAAGACUUUGACUUUGCAGCGUGAAAAGGAAAGGGGCUCACAUAUCUCUUACAUGUUCCGGCUUCCUUUUGCCGCUGGUUCCGUGUUCUCUGCCUCUAUGUUAGACACUCUUCUUUACCAGGCUUUUGUCAAAGACUAUGUUAUCACAUUUGUCAGAUUGUUGUUGGGCGUCGAUCAAGCCCCUGGUUCAGGAUUCCUUACGUCUAUGAAAAUUACGAAGGAAGAUAUGUGGAUCCGUACGUAUGGUCGGCUGUAUCAAAAGCUAUGUUCUACUACGUGCGAGAUACCGAUUGGGAUAUACCGCACGCAGGAUACAAGCCUAGCUGAUCAGGCUCACCACGUGAGUAUGUCGCCACGGACCCCGUCCAAGUGGUUCUGGUCGCGCCUCGCGGGAAUGCGAACAUCGCGACCAUCGCAGGCCUCGGGGGAAGAUGGGGUGGCAGGGGACGCCAACCCCGAGGGGGCCGGAAGAGAGCGGACUCGCCGCGGGCCAACCGGCUGCCUCAGCGGCUGCUACGGAGACCGCACCCCCGCGUUCUCAACGAGCUUAGCAGAUGAGGCUAGAGAUAAUCAUGCCCAGCAAAUCGAAAGAGCAGAAAUCGCUAAUCUUGUAAGAUCUCGCAUGGAGUCAUUAAAUUUGACCGGCAUUGAUUAUGACGAUGUGAGUGAAAAAAGAAACAGCCUAUCCUACGUAAUCAUAAACCCAAGCUGUGAUCUCAAUUUACAGGAAGGCGACAUAAUUUAUUUAGUGCGCCCUUCACCCUUCUCCGCACAAAAGACAUUUGAACGUCACAACAGCCGCCGCAAGUCGAAUAUAAGCUUCUGCUCUGGAGCUCUAAUCCAGGCUGCCGCAGCGGGCAGUCGCCGUGGUUCUGCGCUCGCCAAUCUCUCGAAUCUCUCUCCUCGAGCUCCGCCUCUGACAAGCACAAAAGCAAAUUCUCUGUCUCUGCCAGACAGUCCGACCAUUAUCACCGACUUUCGCGGUCGUUCGAACUCACUUCGCGUGGUAGACGACAUUCUACUGCGUCGCUCUAAUUCGCUCCGCCAAGGAUUAGGACCAGUCGUUCACACUCGACGCCGCAAGAGUAGCCUCGAAGAGAUUGGUAUUUCACAUUUUAAUUCAUUGCUGCAGCACCAGCAACAGCAGCAACAGCAAGAUGCUAAUGCAAUUAAAAUCGCGUUGAACGGCAGCAUCGGCUUGGAGGUGACGCCGCCCGAUGAAGGUCCUUUGGAUCAACUAGGCGGGCCUCUAGGAGGAUAUCAAGAUAUAGCUGCCGCGUUGCCUCCCUCAUCGAUAGUGUCCGGCCUGCCACCGCCGACGCCAGAUCCGCAACAUCUUCAGGGAACAAUUGUAUGAUACCACCUCAUGUGGGGACGACGACUCAGUUCCGUCGUGAGGAACAAGUGGAACUAAGCCUCGCGGCGUAGUAUUCUUUCCUCGGAACACACAUUUAUCUUGUAGCGUCUCUACUGUGCACUUCACACGUAGUGUAACUAUGUAACUGUAAAUUAUAAAAAAAAAACUGCAGUGAGUGAGUGGUUCGGAACAAUACGCAGUUUAUAUCAGUGUAUUGUAAGCGGGAUCAACUAGUUCAUAUAUAAUGGGAAUAUUAUGGCCUAAAGCUGUACAUAGCGGGCAUUCUUUGUUUUUAAUGUAUCAAUAUUGUAAAUAGAAUUCACUAUUAUGUAGAAAAAUAUGAACGAAAUAUUUCUAUUAUUGUAUCUAUAACAAAUUUAGAAUUUACUAAAGCAGUAGCAUAUUUAUAUUUUAUUUUAGAUGUAAUGGAUGUAUAUCUAUAUCAAUUUCAGAAUAGAUUCAAUACUCAGAAUGUAAAAGAAUAUCAUUAGAUAUCACUAGAUGUGGACAACCUUUUCUGAUAGCAUCAAUGAAAUACAAUAAAAUCUAUACAAACAAUAUACAAAAAUUUAUUUUAAACCUUACACAUGCUGUUGCGGA